AUGAUAGAAUAAAAGCAAAAGUAUUUAGAUUUUUGUACUGAAAAUAACAUCAGUAUUUGGUAACAACACAUUUCAAUUAUUGAUAAGAAUUCCUCUUUGGUUUUAAUUCAGUCAAAUGAAGAUUCUGAAAAAUUGGAUCACCUGAUACUUGGAACUAGUUUCAUACUUAGCUGUAAUUUGAAAAAUUUUCUCUAGUUACAAAUAAGGAAUUAGAAUUUGUCUACAGAUCAUAUUUCUACACUAAUUUGGGGAUUAGGUCAAAAUAAUUUCUUUUAGGAACUUAUACUCACUAACUGCAUGAUUGAUGACUAAGGGGCAAUAGCGCUUUCACUAUGGUUAAAAGAAAAUUAAUCCUUAAACGAGUUAGACAUUUCUUAUAACAAGAUCACUGAUUUUGGAGCAGAAUUGCUCUUUAAAAGCAUUUAAAAUCAUAAAGGAAUACAAACUAUAAACAUAAAAAAUAAUCAAAUAGAAAAAGAUUUUAUAGCUAAUGAACUUCUAACACAUAACAAUUAAAUUGAAGUUAUUGAUAUUUCUGAAAACCCUUACACUUUACAGUCUGUUGAGUCUUUGCUUAGAGGAUUGAUUCAAAGUGAUAAAAUAAAAAGACUAAGAAUGUCUGGUAUAAAAAUUGGAUAAAUUCAUAAACUGUUUAUCUUAGAAGUCUUAGAAAAGUGUAGAGCUCUUUAAGAAUUAGCUAUUGAUAUAGAAAUACAAAAUGAUGAAUUAAGUACUGUUUAAAAAUUUGAAGAAGCUCUUAUCUUUAAUUGUGACAUUUUAAAUUUGGAAUCUAGCAAAUUAGAUAUUAGUGAAAAUGAGCUACUUACAAAAAAAAUGUUUUACUGUCUAAGAGCAAAUUAACUUUUAGCAGUUAAUAGCUAAUUAGGAUUAAAUAAUGUGCAAUAAGAAAUUGAGCACUCAUAAAAUGUGAGUGGCCUACUAAAGGAAAUUAUAGCCUAGAAAAUAGAAAUAAUAAAGUAAAAUCGAAAUGUUGUUUAAUAUACAGAAGAUAUUAUUUAAGAAAGCAGAUUUUAUAAAAUUAGUGAAAACGAUCAGCUUAAUUUUAAUGAUAUCAAAUCUAAUUCUAUGGAAAACUUUUGCAAAAAAAGUCUUGCCUCAAAACCCACAAACAUCAGUACUUGUCCACAAACUUAAACAAAUGGAAAUUUUUUGUUAUCUUAAUCAAACUACAGUCCUACUAAUAUAAAUUCUGAAUCUUUCAUUUACGGAAUCUAAUAGUAGCAGACAAUAGAGAAUGACACAAAUAAAUUCUCUGUAAAUAACUUUUCAAAUACAAUGAUGGAAGAUAAUAGAACUUAUCCAACUUUUCAAACUAUGAAAUCUAAUGAAAAAAUAAGCAACGAAAUGUAUCAAGUUAAUUAGAUUUUAAAUAAUCGAGGUUUCUCACAGUAACAGCUUAAUUAAUGUUAGGGUAACAUCAGAUAAAGUGAAUUAAGCUUGAUAGAAAAUGAAAUUAUUUAAAAAAUAGAAAAUGCUGUUUACUAAAAAAUAAAAUCUAACAUUGAAUUAGAAUACAACAAUUAGUUUAAUUAUAUAUUCUAGGAGAUGUAACGAUAAGAUUAAUAAAUUAAAUCACUCUAUGAAGACUUUAACAGUUUGAAAAAAGAUUUUAUAGAUAGCAAAUCAAGCAUAAGACACAGUAAAAACGUUUUGAAAACAGGAGACAAUUUGAUACCAACAAGAGGUUUUAGUGAGAUUGAAAGCUAUUAAAAUAUAGAAAAUGUCGAUGCCUCUAAUAUAUACAAAAUAGAAGAUCCGUUUGCUUAUUAGUCAGAGAUUGAUGACAUAAAAGUUCUCUAAAAAAUACAAGACUUUCAGAAAAAAAUGUAAUAAACAAAAUAAUCAAUUUAGAAAUCGAGGAGAAGCUUUAGUCGAGAAAAACUUAGAGAAAGGGGAUCCAUCUAAGAUCUUUCAACUUCCAUAAAUAACUCUAUUAACUUAAAUAACAAUUCUUCUUAAAAUAAGAGCUUUUUGUAUGAUAAUUCAAAUAUAAUAACAUAAAACAAUAAAUCUAGCUAGAGAUACUAAAAUAGCAAUAAUAAUUUAAAUCACUCAAUUUCUAGAAGAGAUUCUAAUAGUGCAAUUCUGAUAGAUUAUCAAGGCUCUGGUAGCACUUCUCUCAAGUCAAGCCAUCUAGCAAGCUAAUAAGAAUAAAAUAUUUAUCAAGAUAAUUCUUAAUUAACUGCUAAAGAUGGAGUCUUAAAGAUUAAAGAUUUAAAUUGCUCUCAUAAUAGUUAAAUGAAUUUAAAUUAAAAAUAACCAUAGUUUAAUAAAAUAUCUUAAAGUAGAUCUUAAAGCAAUAAAGAGAACUCAAUAAGCGGUUACUCUUGUCUAAAUACAUCAGCAAGCUAUAGAAAAAAUUCUAGUAUAUCUAAUUCUAGGAAUAAUUUAUAUUAGAAGAGUUUUCAUAAUUAGCAUCCAUCAGAUGAGCUGAUUGAAGAACUAAGAAGAAGGGGAAUUUACAUCAAUUGA